AUGGAAGAUGCAGUCGCGAGAGGAGCGGUGUCAGGAUUAAUAAAGCCCGUGCUCAACACAUUUCUGUAUUGGAUUCAACUGGUGAGAGGCAAGCAUACAACUACCGAAGACAUAAAAAAAGAGGCAGCCAUCCUGGAAGGAGCAAUUUGGGAUACAUACAACUGGAAUGGCAUUCGCUUGCGCAGGGUCAGGGAGGCAAAAGGUCAGGCAGAAGACUUGCAUGACAGAAUCAGUGCAAUUCUCGAUGAUGCACAGAGGCUUUCAAGGUAUGAUCAUUCAAGUAACCCACUCAGAUUUAUCCUUAGGUAUGGCCACAACAUAUGGCACACUCGUUCUCUAUGGAAAACAGCUAACAAGAUUGUCAAGCUCCGUGGACAGAUUACUCCGUUACUGAAUGAACUCAGGAUUGCAAUGACUAUUGAUGGAGGCCCUGCAGCGAGGGAUGGUAUAUUAGGCAACAAUGUUGCAUCUGUCCACCAUAAAGCUGAUUUUGUUGGCAUGGCGAGGCCGUUAAAGUAUCUAUUCAAAUAUUUGAUGAACGGAGUGAAUAGGAGAGAAGUAGUCAUUGUGGUUGGGGAGAAUGGAGCAGGAAAAAGUACACUCGUUCGUCAUGUCUAUGAAGACAUCAGGGUGAAGGAACAUUUCAACUGCCAUGCAUGGGUUCCCAUAGAUGCUUCAUUCAACGCAAAGGACAUAUUGCGAUGCAUCAUCAGAAGAUUGUACGAAGAGGCUAACAAAAGUACAACAGCACUCGACGAAUUGGAUGUUGAUAUGCUUGGAUCUCGUAUAAGGCGAUUUCUGGAGAAGGCACACCAGAGGUAUGUUAUUGUUUUGGAUGACAUAUCCACGAGACCGCAACUCCAAACCAUUUUAGACCUUGCGAUCCCAGAUGAAAACUGCAACAACUUUGGAAGAAUCAUAGUCACAUCAAGAAAUGUAGAUGUUGCUGAAGCCUGUACCCAUGCACACAAGAUUGAUGUUGAACAACUCUCUGAAACGGAAGUUUGGGAGCUCUUCUGCAAGAAGGCAUCUCCAUCAAUGGAUAUCCCUCUUGUAACUCGCAGAAGAAUCAUCACCCUAUGUGCUGGCUUACCUUUGGCAACAGUUUUACUUGGAGGCCUACUAUCCAAAAUUGCGUGUAACCAAUGGAACCUUGUUAUUAGUGAGUUGCAACAACAUGGCUACCAAAUAAUGUUAGGGGAGAGCAUCAAUGACGUGUCUGCUAUGCCUCAGAUAGAUAUUAAUGUGGAGAGGUGCUUAAUGUACUUUAGCAUCUUCCCAAAAGGUUCUGAAAUUACGCACAAUACAUUGGUCCGACUUUGGAUAGCUGAAGGUUUCAUACAUGUUCGGGGAGGAAUGACACAAGAGGCUACUGCAACAAGUUACCUCAGUGCUCUGAUUGAACGCAACAUCGUUCAAGUUGCAGAGCAUUAUCACAAUGGCAUGCCAAAGAGUUACAACCUUAAUGGGCCCAUACAUGACGAGAUAAAGAGGAUGGCAGAGGAAGUAAACUUCUGUGCAACAUUGCAAACCCUGAGCAACUCACCAGACAAGAUUAGAGGUCUGUCAGGUCAGGUCACGGUAAGAGAACUUCCAGAGAAUGUGCGUUUACCCAACCUUCUAUCCCUGUUCAUCUCAGACAGAACAUCUCAUGUAUGCAAGCUCUUGCACAACGCUAAAUCACUGAAAGUACUGAGUCUGACAGAAGAAUCGGUUCAAGCAUUCCCAAAAGAAAUCAGCAAGCUGACUCAUUUGAGGUACCUCAACUUGGGCAACAAUACCAGGAUAAGCAAGCUCCCAAAAUCUAUCGGGGUUCUGAUAAACCUACAAAGCCUGAUCCUGAAAGGCACCCUAGUGUCACGAUUGCCGAAAGCAAUAUCAAAAUUAAGACAACUUCAGCAUCUUGUAGCAUACCGAUAUGAUGUAGAGAAAAGACCUGAUCGGAAGCCGUAUAUUAUCCAUGGUGUGGAAGUGCAAAACGGAAUUGGAAAACUGAAAGAGCUGAAAACUCUCUCAGUCAUUAAUGUGGAUAAAGACAGAAGCACAAUAAAGGAACUCCAAAAAUUAACGAAUUUGAAACGAUUGGGGAUUGUCAAUCUCAAAGGAAAUGAUGGACCAGAUUUAUGCACAGCAGUUGCAGGGAUGAAUCAGCUUUCCUCCAUUUCAUUGGGAUCAUCAGAUAAUGAGCCUAUUAACCUUCAGAACUUGACCUUGCCGAAUCUUGAGAGAUUGUACUUGAGGGGAAGGCUAAAUGUGAGUCAGAAUUUCUUCCCAUCUCUUGAGUCCCUUGUAAGAUUACGCUUAAUAGGGUCAGGCUUGGAGAGCAAUUCAUUCCAUCAGCUCCAACAGCUGCCAAAUCUCGCUGAACUUGCCUUGAUCCAAGCACUUGAGACAGAAGAGAUAAACCUCCUACAGGAUGGGUUUCCCAAUCUGAAGAUCUUAGAUCUGGAUCAACUAAAUAACUUGGUUAAUAUGACGGUACAUGGAUCUCUGAAAAAUCUAUGCAAACUGAUUAUAAGGAACUGCAAUAGACUUGAAUCGGUCCCUCUGGGAAUUGAGUGUCUAAAAAAACUCAAAGAGCUCCAUCUAUUUGAUAUGCCAGAAUGUUUUCUUCAGAAGCUAGAAAAAGGGAAUGAGCACUACAAAAGUAUACAGCACAUUGGGGUCAUACGCUAUUACAGAGAAGGAUGCCCACAAGUGCGCACAAAUAGUAAUACAGAUUCAACAAGGUAA